GGCCGCCGUCAGCUCUGAGUUGUUAUGGUAACCAAGCUGCCAUCACUAUGUCUUUGGAAAAGACCUCUCGGUCUCGGGUGUUCGUGGAACUGGUUCCCUGGGCUGACCGAAGCCAGGAGAACAACUUGGUGUCGGGCGGAGAAACGCUGCCGGGUCUCCGCCGUCCUCUCUCAGCACAGGGCCAAACUUUGACCCGAGAGGUGCACGUUAGCGGUACCGCGGAGGUGUCUGCGAGCCCCGACCGGGCUCAGGUAGCGGUGCUGGUGAGCAGCACCAAGGAGGCGGCGGCCGAGGCCAAGAAGAGCGUUUGCCGCCGUUUGGACUACAUCACGCAGAGCCUCCAGCAGCAGGGUCUGCAGGCAGAAAAUGUAACUGUAACAAAGGAUAUUAGAAGAGUGGAAAAUGCUUAUCAUAUGGAAGCAGAGGUCUGCAUUACAUUUACUGAAUUUGGAAAAAUGCAAAAUAUUUGUAACUUUCUUGUUGAAAAGCUAGAUAGCUCUGUUGUCAUCAGCCAACCCCUGUUCUAUCACACUCCAGGUUCUGUUGAGAAUCUUCGACGGCAAGCCUGUCUUGUUGCUGUUGAGAAUGCAUGGCGCAAAGCUCAAGAAGUGUGUAACCUUGUGGGCCAAACUCUAGGAAAACCUUUAUUAAUCAAAGAAGAAGAAAUGAAAGAGUGGGAAGACCAAAUCGAUGAUCACCAGUCAUCCAGACUCUCAAGUUCCUUAACUGUACAACAAAAAAUCAAAAGUGCAACAAUACAUGCUGCUUCAAAAGUAUUUAUAACUUUUGAAGUAAAGGGGAAAGAGAAGAAAAAAAAACAUCUCUAAAAUUCCAAACAAAAUAUAUUGUGUUUGUAUCUUUUUGUCUAUUUUUAUACUCUUUAUACUGUUGCUUUUGUCUGAAUAUAUAUUCAUACAUGUAUAUGUAUGUGUGUGUGUACACACACACACACCCAGUAUAUAAAGUGUUCUGCCCAAAAUUUGUGAAUCCUUGCAUACAGUCCCAACAAAUACUUACGUUUACUUUCUAUUUUUAAAACCUCACUGUGGGAAAUACUCUUUGGAAAUAAAUAUGUCAUGUGCACAUUUGUAUAAUGAAUUUAUGCUAGUACAUGUGUAACUUUUAUAUUUCUACUAUAGGAAGAAAUAUUGACAGUUACUUGUAUGAUUGUUACUAUUAAUAGAAAGAAUGAAGAGCAAAAUGUAAUUUGAUAAAAAGUUAAGGGAGUAUAUUGUGAAAAUAU